AUGCAGGAAAAAUUUGAGCCUUUGAAGAACGACCUUUUGCUCAGAGCCGCCAGAGGCGAGCGAGUUCCGCGUCCGCCAAUAUGGGUUAUGCGACAAGCUGGCCGCUAUCUCCCCGAAUACCAUGAAGCGAAAGGAAACCGCGAUUUUUUCGAAUGCUGCCGGAACCCGGAGAUUGCAUCCACGCUGACCAUCCAGCCCGUGGAUCGGUACGCCGGAUUGAUCGAUGCUGCGAUCAUCUUCUCGGAUAUUCUUGUCAUCCCCCAGGCGAUGGGAAUGCAGGUCGAAAUGGUGGACAAAAAGGGACCUCACUUCCCUGAACCUCUGAAGUCGCCGGACGACGGACAAUACGAGAAGGUUAUGCAGAAGGAGGUCAACGUGAAGGAGGAGCUGGACUACGUGUACAAGGCCAUCACGCUUACCCGGCACAAGUUGAAAGGCCGGGUGCCUCUGAUUGGCUUCUGCGGUGCCCCAUGGACUCUGCUCUGCUACAUGGUUGAAGGCGGCGGGACCAAGCUGUUCGUGCAGUCGAAGACUUGGAUCUACAAAUAUCCGAAGGAGUCGCAGGCACUGCUGCAGAAGAUUGCCGAGAUCUGCGUGGAAUAUCUGGCUCUCCAGGUCGCGUCCGGGGCGCAGCUCGUCCAGGUGUUUGACUCCUGGGCCGGAGAAAUGUCCCCUGCGGCUUUCAAGACCUUCUCCCUCUCGUAUCUGCGGUACAUUUCUGCAAAUCUCCCCAAGAGACUGGACGCGAUGGGUCUGGAACGCGUGCCAAUGACCGUCUUCGCCAAGGGGGCGUGGUACGCUCUCGAGGAUCUUUGCGAAUCUGGCUAUAAUGUUGUUGGUCUUGACUGGUUGCACGAUCCUGCUGAGGCGAUGCAGAUUGCCAAGGGCCGCGUAACGAUCCAGGGCAAUGCCGACCCCGGCGUACUUUAUGGUAGUCGCGAAGCUAUCACCGAAGCCGUCGAGGUCAUGGUGAAGGGCUUCCAGGGUGGCAAGCAUGGAUGGAUUGCUAACUUGGGUCACGGUAUCACUCCAUUUGUGAAACCGGACGAUCUCAAAUUCUUCUUCGAAGAGAUUCACCGUUUGACGGCCGCAUAG